AUGGUACCUAGGGUGAAAAAGGUGAUAGGCUCAGACAAUGUUCGGUGUUAUGAAGAGGUGAUAGGCUCAGACAAUGUUGGGUGUUGUGAAGAGGUGAUAGGCUCAGACAAUGUUGGGUGUUAUGAAGAGGUGAUAGGCUCAGACAAUGUUUGGUGUAAUGAAGAGGUGAUAGGCUCAGACAAUGUUCGGUGUUGUGAAGAGGUGAUAGUCUCAGACAAUGUUGGGUGUUAUGAAGAGGUGAUAGGCUCAGACAAUGUUUGGUGUAAUGAAGAGGUGAUAGGCUCAGACAAUGUUGGGUGUUGUGAAGAGGUGAUAGGCUCAGACAAUGUUGGGUGUUAUGAAGAGGUGAUAGGCUCAGACAAUGUUUGGUGUAAUGAAGAGGUGAUAGGCUCAGACAAUGUUCGGUGUUGUGAAGAGGUGAUAGUCUCAGACAAUGUUGGGUGUUAUGAAGAGGUGAUAGGCUCAGACAAUGUUGGGUGUUAUGAAGAGGUGAUAGGCUCAGACAAUGUUCGGUGUUGUGAAGAGGUGAUAGGCUCAGACAAUGUUCGGUGUUGUGAAGAGAUGAUAUGCUCAGACAAUGUUCGGUGUUGUGAAGAGGUGAUAGGCUCAGACAAUAAUCGGUGUUGUGAAGAGAUGAUAUGCUCAGACAAUGUUGGGUGUUAUGAAGAGGUGAUAGGCUCAGACAAUGUUCGGUGUUAUGAAGAGGUGAUAGGCUCAGACAAUGUUUGGUGUUAUGAAGAGGUGAUAGGCUCAGACAAUGUUCGGUGUUGUGAAGAGGUGAUAGGCUCAGACAAUGUUGGGUGUUAUGAAGAGGUGAUAGGCUCAGACAAUGUUGGGUGUUAUGAAGAGGUGAUAUGCUCAGACAAUGUUGGGUGUUAUGAUGAGGUGAUAGGCUCAGACAAUGUUCGGUGUUAUGAAGAGGUGAUAGGCUCAGACAAUGUUUGGUGUUAUGAAGAGGUGAUAGGCUCAGACAAUGUUGGGUGUUAUGAAGAGGUGAUAGGCUCAGACAAUGUUGGGUGUUAUGAAGAGGUGAUAGUCUCAGACAAUGUUCGGUGUUAUGAAGAGUUGAUAGGCUCAGACAAUGUUCGGUGUUGUGAAGAGGUGAUAGUCUCAGACAAUGUUGGGUGUUAUGAAGAGGUGAUAGGCUCAGACAAUGUUCGGUGUUGUGAAGAGGUGAUAGGCUCAGACAAUGUUCGGUGUUGUGAAGAGAUGAUAUGCUCAGACAAUGUUCGGUGUUGUGAAGAGGUGAUAGGCUCAGACAAUAAUCGGUGUUGUGAAGAGAUGAUAUGCUCAGACAAUGUUGGGUGUUAUGAAGAGGUGAUAGGCUCAGACAAUGUUGGGUGUUGUGAAGAGAUGAUAUGCUCAGACAAUGUUGGGUGUUAUGAAGAGGUGAUAGGCUCAGACAAUGUUCAGUGUUAUGAAAAGGUGAUAGGCUCAGACAAUGUUUGGUGUUAUGAAGAGGUGAUAGGCUCAGACAAUGUUCGGUGUUGUGAAGAGGUGAUAGGCUCAGACAAUGUUUUAGUGUUAUGAAGAGGUGAUAGGCUCAGACAAUGUUGGGUGUUAUGAAGAGGUGAUAUGCUCAGACAAUGUUGGGUGUUAUGAAGAGGUGAUAGUCUCAGACAAUGUUCGGUGUUAUGAAGAGGUGAUAGGCUCAGACAAUGUUUGGUGUUAUGAAGAGGUGAUAGGCUCAGACAAUGUUGGGUGUUAUGAAGAGGUGAUAGGCUCAGACAAUGUUGGGUGUUAUGAAGAGGUGAUAGUCUCAGACAAUGUUCGGUGUUAUGAAGAGGUGAUAGGCUCAGACAAUGUUUGGUGUUAUGAAGAGGUGAUAGGCUCAGACAAUGUUGGGUGUUAUGAAGAGGUGAUAGGCUCAGACAAUGUUGGGUGUUAUGAAGAGGUGAUAGUCUCAGACAAUGUUCGGUGUUAUGAAGAGUUGAUAGGCUCAGACAAUGUUCGGUGUUGUGAAGAGGUGAUAGUCUCAGACAAUGUUGGGUGUUAUGAAGAGGUGAUAGGCUCAGACAAUGUUCGGUGUUGUGAAGAGGUGAUAGGCUCAGACAAUGUUCGGUGUUGUGAAGAGAUGAUAUGCUCAGACAAUGUUCGGUGUUGUGAAGAGGUGAUAGGCUCAGACAAUAAUCGGUGUUGUGAAGAGAUGAUAUGCUCAGACAAUGUUGGGUGUUAUGAAGAGGUGAUAGGCUCAGACAAUGUUGGGUGUUGUGAAGAGAUGAUAUGCUCAGACAAUGUUGGGUGUUAUGAAGAGGUGAUAGGCUCAGACAAUGUUCAGUGUUAUGAAGAGGUGAUAGGCUCAGACAAUGUUUGGUGUUAUGAAGAGGUGAUAGGCUCAGACAAUGUUCGGUGUUGUGAAGAGGUGAUAGGCUCAAAUGUUUAUAAAAAUUGGUAAAAGUUGGAUUUGUGACUGAGUUGCAAAAGCCGCUACCUAACAAUGGGGCUCAAGCUCGAAUCCCGAUUAGGACCAGGAUUUUUUAAAAAUUGGGAUUUGACUUAAUUGUGUUUGCUGAGCGCUUAUAGGCAGCCUUCUCCCAGAUACACCAUCACCCACAUGUUCACAAAUGAGAUGGGCCCAAUGAGCAUUGAACAUGCCAUCAGGCAGGAGGCUAAACAAUAGGAAUAAAAGCAACAACUACAAAAUAUUAAUCCAGCCGUCUCACUUAACCACCUUUCUUUUAUCUUGUCUUCAAGUUUCCGAUCAUUGUGGCUGUCCGUGUGUAAAGAAGUUUUAGUGGUCAGGUCAAGGUGAGCUACUUCGAACCAUUUGAAGGUCUUUAGCGACUAUUGUCUAUGAUCUAUCCCCUUUAGACAUCUUUCAAAAUUUUUCUUUGCUCAGCUGAUGACGUCAUUAUCUUGUGAUGUCACGCAUUGUAAAACCAUAACGGCAUGAAUCGUUGUAUGCACGAAACAAAUUAGACACGUUCUAUUAUCUCCGUCUUUGUGGCAACAUAAUUAAUACCUAAAUUUUAAAACAUGUUUAGAAAAAAAACAACUUUUUUUCUUCGAAAAUAAGAAGCGCUCAGGGUGUGUCCGGGGGAGGGGAUUAUAGACCUACUAACGUGUCAAACUGAAAUUGUGACGUUUCGAAGUGAACCAUCUCGAUAUAUGAGGGUUGAAUCCGCCUCGAAAUUCUUUGAUGGUAUAUUUAUAGUCCUUUUUUUUUUUUUGAGUGCAUGCAUCACCGAACAUAUUCAGGUGCAAUAUGUGAAUGCGAUUUACUUCCUGGUCGAUUGUUGAAUAAAAUCAGCCUUCGUAAGCUUUAGCAAUGCAGUUAAUUCUAUCUAAGCAGUAAAUUGAAUGUUAGAUCUUUUCAGUGCUUUUACAUUUUAUAAGUAUUCCAGUUGCAUUGUAUUGUCUUUUUUUUAGGGGGUGGGGGUUGUUUGUUUUUAUAAGAGUGGGAUGUGUGGCUUAAUAGAAAAAUCUGCUUUGCUACCUAUGGAGGGUGCUCGAGUUCAAAUCCCCUCCUUCCGCUGGUUCACAAAAUAGAAAAGCCUCCUCAACCACUAGUGAGGUGUGUAUGAACAUUGAAUAUUGUAUAGUUAUCUAUUGUUCACACUUACUUUAAAGAGGCGACCUAUAAAGGGACAAAUUCAGCUUAUACCACCACAUUAGUCCUGUACUAUUUCUUGCCCUUGUUCGAGAUACCACACAAAAUAAUUAAUUCCCAAUAGUUAAUAACUUAUUGAUUUUUUUUUAAUUGAUUCUUGUUUUGUCAGGUAAAAUAAUAAUUGUGCAAAAUUUCAGCUUGAUCCGAGAUUGGGUGUCGGAGAAAUAACGUGUACAAACUUUUUACCAGACAGAGUAUAUAUUAGCUUUGUAAUAAAGUCAUUGCAAAAACAAGUUAUAGAUCCAAGUUUUCCGACAUCACGUGACAUCGAAUCUCGUGUCUCAGAAAUACGCUCCCCGAGAGCUGAGCAAAGGAAUCAGAAUUAGAAUUUUAUUUUAUUAUUUUCCUUCCAUCCAUUUAGAGACACUCAUUAUUACGAUUGAAUUAUCGUUUAAUAAAUCAUUUAACAAAUCAUGUCAAACUUGUGUAAAAAGUGCUAAAACAAAUAAUCUUUAGCCACAGAAACAGAUGACCUUUUCAUCAUCUGCCCCUAUAGAUCGCAAGGUCUGAAAGAGAAACUUUACUUUUAAAACAAAUACAUUGGUAUCGAAAGCACAUUUUUUUUUAAUUAUGCAAAAUAUAGACAUUCAUUUAUCCAUAUUCUAAUCUUAAGGCUAUACAUAGAUGUUCUGUUAAACUUCCAUGAUACUAUUUUUAGCUUAAUAAUGAUGAUAACAAUUUAAAGAACGAAAAGUUGAAAUGCCACAAACUGACUAAAAAGUUUUAAAGAAUAUUGUUUAAUGUGGUAUCUUUCAUGACCUCUGUGGGCCCCUAGUAGACAUGGGCCCGGGUGCAAAAAAAAAAUACCUUUCGCGCCGUGUUUGCUACGCCACUGUUAUAUUUACACAAGGCUCCGUACAUCUACUGUCUGUAUCAAAGGUCCGAUAGAAUCAUCAUUGUAUUAAGAUAAGUUGUCAGACAUCGUCGAACGUAAUAUGCUAUCAACCGCUUGACUACGUUACUUUGUAUUCACGUUCAGUUUAUCCUGCAGUUCUAGGUAAUAUCAAAUGUUGGGACACAAACAGAGUUGAGUUAAUAUAUUAUCUUAUAAACUACAGAAUUUACUUCGAGAGUGAAGAUAAUUACGUCCUUAGAGUAUCCAUGUUUCAUGUCAGUUAAUCAAAGACUUAAACUCUGCUGAAUCCUUGGUUUUCCUGGCUGAUUCAGGCAACCAGUUUCAAGGUUUAAUUACACUACGUAAGAAGUAGCGCUUGUAUGAAUUUGUCCUCUCAUAUGGAAUACGAAAUGUGCCUUUUUAAUCACGUUCUACAUCAAAUGAAAUGGGAGACCCACUAGCAACGUUUUAAAAGCAAUGCUUUUAUUCAAGACUGGUUUAAAAACAAUACUUCUGAAAUAAAGAAGGCUUAUGUAUGGAAAA